GCGCGGGCACGUGACGGAGGUGAGGGGAGCCCGGCGGCGGUGGCCGGGGCGGCGGAGGAACAUGGAGCUGAAAUGGCUGCUGUGGGUGACCCUGCUAGCCCUUGGGAUCUUUGCUGUCCAGACACAUGAUACAGAUGAAGAUAAUGAAGCUGAUGAUGUAGUUGAUAUUGAGGAUGACUUGGAUGAUGGUAUUGAGGAUGUAGAAGAGUCAAAGUCUGAAACAAGCAGUGCUCCUCCAGCUCCAAAGGUUACUUACAGGCCCCCUGUCCCAACUGGUGAAGUGUAUUUUGCGGAAUCUUUUGAUAAAGGAACUCUGGAUGGAUGGGUCCUUUCCAGAGCCAAGAAAGAUGAUACAGAUGAUGAGAUUGCCAAAUAUGAUGGUAAGUGGGAAGUCCAAGACAUGAAGGAAACAAAGCUUCCAGGAGACAAAGGGCUUGUAAUGGUAACCCGAGCCAAGCAUCAUGCAAUUUCGUCCAAACUUUCCAAGCCAUUUGUGUUUGAUACCAAACCCCUUAUUAUACAGUAUGAAGUAAACUUCCAGAAUGGAAUAGAGUGUGGUGGGGCCUAUGUGAAAUUGCUUUCAAAAACCCCUGAGUUGAACCUGGAUCAGUUCCAUGACAAAACUCCAUAUACAAUAAUGUUUGGCCCUGACAAAUGUGGAGAGGACUAUAAAUUGCACUUCAUCUUCCGGCACAAAAACCCAAAGACUGGCAAAUACGAGGAAAAGCAUGCAAAGCGCCCAGAUGCAGAUCUGAAGACCUACUUUACUGAUAAGAAGACUCAUCUUUAUACUCUAGUCUUGAAUCCUGACAAUAGUUUUGAGAUACUGGUUGAUCAAACAGUUGUCAACAGUGGGAAUUUGCUAAAUGAUAUGUCACCUCCUGUGAAUCCACCCCGAGAGAUUGAGGACCCAAAUGACCAGAAGCCUGAGGACUGGGAUGAGAGGCCAAAAAUCCCAGACCCAGAUGCGGUUAAACCAGAUGACUGGGAUGAGGAUGCUCCUGCAAAGAUUGCGGAUGAAAAUGCUGUGAAACCAGAGGGCUGGCUGGAUGAUGAGCCAGAGUAUGUAGCAGACCCUGAUGCUGAGAAGCCUGAAGAUUGGGAUGAAGAUAUGGAUGGUGAAUGGGAGGCACCUCAGAUUGCAAACCCUAAAUGUGAGACAGCUCCUGGCUGUGGUACCUGGCAGCGCCCAAUGAUUGACAAUCCAAACUACAAAGGCAAAUGGAAGCCUCCUAUGAUUGAUAACGUGAACUAUCAGGGUAUAUGGAAACCUAGAAAGAUCCCAAACCCAGAUUUUUUUGAAGACUUGGAACCUUUCAAGAUGACUCCUGUCAGUGCUGUGGGACUUGAGUUAUGGUCCAUGACAUCUGACAUCUUUUUUGACAACUUUAUCAUCUGUACUGAUAGAGCUGUGGCUGAUGAUUGGGCCAGUGAUGGAUGGGGACUGAAAAAAGCAGCUGAUGGUGCUGCAGAGCCUGGUGUUGUGGGCCAGAUGAUGGCAGCUGCUGAAGAGCGUCCCUGGCUUUGGGUAGUCUACAUCCUCACUGUGGCUUUGCCAGUAUUCCUUGUUAUCCUUUUCUGCUGUUCUGGGAAGAAACAGCCAAGUGCUGCAGAAUACAAGAAGACUGAUGCUCCUCAGCCUGAUGUGGUGGAUGAUGAGAAAGAAGAAGAAAAAGAUAAAGGAGAAAAAGAAGAGGAGGAGGAAGAGGAGGAUGCAAAUGAGGAAAAGCUUGAGAAGCAGAAAAGUGAUGCUGAUCUAGGAAGUGCUAGUCAAGAGGAGGAAGAAGAGGAGGAGGAGGAAGACAGGAAACCUGCAUCAGAGGAGGAAGAAACUGUGAAUAGAUCACCCAGAAACAGAAAGCCAAGGAAAGAUUGAAAAAAGUCAUAAGAACUUGAUCUGUGAUUUCUUUUUUUUUGUUGUUGUUUUCAAACAUGGUUCUGGGAGAGGACCUUGGACACCUUACAUUGAAACUUGGACAAACCUCAAGAUUUCACCAUCCACAGGUUCCAGUCACACGAUCCAAUGUAAUGGAGUGUCUAGCAGUAAAAUAUUUGCAAUCAUCUGUUUUAAAGAGCAUCAUUCCUGUAGAAAGAAAGCAUUUAAUAUAAUGGGCUGUGGAUUUUGGAAUGUAACAUAACUAACCUUUUCAUUUUUGGUUUUAAAUAUUCUUUUCUCUUCUUAAGUAGAUUGGUAGAAUUUUUCCAGUCUCAAACCUUGGCUUAAUUUAAUAUAUUAAUUAGUGAAAUAUAACGAUGAAUCUUGAAAGUGCUAGGUGAUAAAAAUGCAGUUUUAUAACUAGUUUUUUUUACAGAUAUGUAAAUUCCUAAAUGCACCAAUGUCUUUAUACCCCAAAAAUGUGGUAAUUGUUCAAAGCAAAGUUGUCAAUGCAUUUGACAGCACCCCUGCCCUCAAAAGAAAAGACAGCUGGAGGGAGAUGUACGGGGAGACCAGUAGUGAAACUCUCUAAUCAAUCAACUUCAUUCUUUUGGGGGGAGGGAAAAGAGGAAGAAGGGGUGGAAGGGAAGGGGUUAGGCAGUCUAUAAAAUAUAUGCAUACUGUGCAUGGCUAAAGCCCUGUUAAAUGUUGACAAACGAUCUAGGAUUUGGAGUGGGUCAUCUUAACGUGGCAUUUAAUCCUGCAGAUCUUGCAGACAACCAGGUUUAUUUGUUCUUGAACUCUUUGUAAAGCUGAGGGUUGCUGGGGAGGUGUGGUUAGGCUACUUCCCCCUUUGCCCUCUGUUCAGCCACCGGUGUUUUCCUCUGUGACGAUACAGCUCUUCCUGAGAGCAGCUUUGCCUCAGUUGCUGGAGCACUUCAUGUUCAGCUCAUUGUCAAACUCGAUUUCAUAGCUAGACCUGCUCCUUUCCAGGGUCCAAACACUGAAUAAGACAGUGUCCCAUAUCCUCUCGCUGUUGUCACUGUAUGUCUGCUGUAGAAAUGGGGGAGGUAGGCAGGUAAACAAGUUGAACUGAGUAUUUGUUAGGGAAAAAAAACCACAACCAAGAUGUCAGUAUUGUAGGUGGGGAAGGAGCAUGUGGAAUCUCUUAACUGGUAUGUGAAACUGUUUAAGUCCUUUUAUCUGCUCUUCAUGUAACAAGUGCAUUCUAAAUUAUAUUGUGAAUGUUAGGAAAUUCCAAUUCCAGCUGAAUAAAUUUUUUUAAAGUGUUGAGUCUACCAUA